GGCGGCAUGGUUUUCUGUCUGGAGAACAAAGAGCCACGCCGUCCGCUGCAAAGCGCCAUGGUCCACUUUCAAGCCUCGGAAGUCCAACAGCUGCUACACAACAAGUUCGUGGUCAUCUUGGGAGACUCAAUCCAGCGAGCUGUGUACAAGGACCUGGUGCUCCUGCUCCAGAAAGACUCGCUGCUCACAGCCGCCCAGCUGAAAGCCAAGGUGAGGGAAGCUGUAGCCAUGCCAGUGGUGGGUGGGCACAGACCCUGGCCUGGUAGGGUCUUCCUCCCUGGCAUGGUUCUGACCAGCUGGGUUGGGGGUGGGCAGGGGGAGCUGAGCUUUGAACAGGACCAGCUGGUGGCUGGGGGUCAGCUGGGCGAGCUGCACAACGGAACACAGUACCGGGAGGUCCGCCAGUUCUGCUCGGGCUCUGGCCACCACCUUGUGCGCUUCUACUUCCUCACCCGAGUUUACUCCGAGUACCUCGAGGGCGUCCUGGAGGAGCUGACAUAUGGGCCUGCCCCGGACCUGGUGAUCAUCAACUCCUGCCUCUGGGAUCUCUCCAGGUAUGGCCGCUGCUCAAUGGAGAGCUACCGAGAGAACCUGGAGCGGGUGUUUGUGCGCAUGGACCAGGUGUUGCCAGACUCCUGCCUGCUGGUGUGGAACAUGGCGAUGCCCCUGGGCGAGCGUGUCACUGGGGGUUUCCUUCUGCCCGAGCUCCAGCCACUGGCAGCCUCUCUGCGGCGGGAUGUGGUUGAAGGGAACUUCUACAGUGCCACGCUGGCUGGGGAUCACUGCUUCGAUGUCCUGGACCUCCACUUUCAUUUCCGGCAUGCAGUACGGCACCGUCACCGGGAUGGUGUCCACUGGGACCAGCAUGCCCACCGCCACCUCUCACACUUGCUUCUGACCCAUGUAGCUGAUGCCUGGGGCGUGGAGCUGCCUAAGCGUGACUGCACCCCUGACCCACGGACUGAGGACUGGCCAGAGCCGGAUCAUCUGUUCCAGGGGAGCCAGGCGCAGCCCCCAGACUUCGGGGAGCAGCUGGCCUUGCCCCCACCCCUCCCCCCUCCCAUGCCUUUUAUCUACCCCCUUCCUCAGCCCUCCCUGCCUUCCCUGUUUCCAUCCCUGCCCCAGGAUGCCCCCUCUUUCCCAUGCCAGCCCCUCCCACCCCAUGACUUCUUCGAUUGUAGUAUGACGGAAGACUUCUCAGUGCCACCCCACUUAGGAUGUGGCCCUGUAGUGAACUUUGUGCCUGGCCCCCUGCCACCUCCAGUCCCUGGGCCUGUCCUCCAUGGUCAGCACCGGGGCCCAGUGGUCCACCGUGGGAUGCCACGCUGUGUUCCCAACAGCCCCUACGAAGUGCCAAGGAUGGGGGGACCCUGCAGGCAGCGGGUCAGACAUUCAGACAGACUGAUCCAUACAUACAAACUGGACAGACGGCCUCCUGCCCACUCGGGGACAUGGCCUGGUUAGACUGGAUCUUGGGCUGGGGCUGGAUGUGCUAAUGGCCCUGCAGGGCCUGCUUGCCACCCCAGGUGCGGGGCCUGGGUGUCUGCUGCACUUGGCACUGUUCUUUUCCAUUGCUGUGACCAAUAAAGGCGUGGAAGAAGAGAGCGGCAUCUUCCUGUGUGAAGGAGCGAGUCUCCCAGACCACGGCCUUAAGAGUUGGAGAGGCUGCCCCUGGGCUCUCUCCAGCUUCCGACCUUCCUCCUCACACUGGUUAGAAACCACUGUAUACGUCCUUCCUGCUGCUUCACGUUCUCAUUCUCACCAGAACACAAAUGUGCUUAAUAAAGAUCCUGGAGGGGCUCCCCCUAGUCAGCGGCUCUCUGGGAUUGGAAAAUAGCAAAGGCUGAGUUGAAAUUGUCAACAUUUUACAUGGAAUUUUUGGAUCUGACUGGUCCUCGCCUAUAUCAGUCUCACAUAUUUGUGUGUACAUUCAGCAUUCAUCUCUUCCUGGAAAUAGACACAUAACUUACCUUGCACAGUUCUUGGCAUACGGUGGACACUCAACAGGUGGUUAGAACUAAUCAAGAAGCUCCCAAACCCAAGUGGGUGACUGGUUAGAAAAGUCGUGACUUAAUAAA